AUGGCACCAGCUACCCCGACCAAAGCGGACACCAAGUCAUCCGGAGGUGAAAAAGAUGUUGAGUUCCUCAUCGCUGUCCUGCAGUGCUUCGAGAACGAGCCUAAGGUUGACCUCGAGAAGCUCCGCGUGAUGACCGGCAUGGCCACCAAGGCAGCUGCCAAUACUAAGUGGUGGCGUGUACGUCAGAAGUACAUGCCCAACGCCGUCAGUCCGAAGAAGCGCAAGGGCGACACCGACAGCGACGCGGCUGAAGACGGCGAUGCGAAGCCCAAGCCCAAGACUCCUCGCAAGGCCCGCGUCAAGAAGGCAGAACCCGAGGACGAGCGUGAUACGGACAAGAGGUCUGCUGUGAAGAAGGAAUCGUCGGCCCUCAAACAUGAGGAUGAGGAUGAGGCUUAG